CUUAAUGCGCCAUAAACAGGACCGUCGCCGCAGAAAGAUGUUCUCGGACUAAGAACAUUUAUCCUAGUUUGGACUGUGCGCUCGGUUCUACGGCGGAAUAGGUCAGAGGUACAAAGCUAAGCUAAGUCUGUACACCUUUGUGCUCGUUUCGUGGAUGAUAAGAAAGUAAACAGCUAGUUGAACUUGGCGCUGGCUGGCCCGCAGUGUGUCGUCGGUGUCGCUCAGUAACGCAGGUUAAAUAAGUAGCAGGUAUUUAGCUUAGCUUGGUUGGAGUGGAGAGCGAUUCGCGUCGCGACCAAAAGCAGGUUUAAACCGAGGAAAUCACGAAAGAUGCCGGAGCUCGAAGUCGGAGGACCAGAUGGGUUCAGCCCUAGAAGGCGGCGGCGCAGUCGCUCCAGCAGUCCGACCAGCGAGGCGAGUCCAGCAGCCAAGAGCUCCAGACACGACGGUCCUGAAGAGCGGUCAGCAAGGUGGGCAGAUGGCAAAGACAGGAGCAGAAACCGUUUCAGGACCUGGAGCUCCCGCAGCAGGUCGAGGUCUAGGUCGAGGGAACGGGAGAAAUUAUCCUGGGACAGAGGACACAGAGGAUCCGACUAUUAUGAUAAGAGGGACGACGCUCAGCGACAAAGACAAGAAGCUUUCAUCGCCAGGCGUUUGCAAGAACGGGAGAGGAUUGGUGAACUGGGUUGUCCUGAGGUCUGGGGUUAUUCACCAAGAGUCAGAGAACCUGACUCAGAUGAACACACUCCUGUUGAAGAGGAUGUAAAAAACAGCAGCUCGGAUUCAAGUUCAGAAGAGGAAAGAAAAAAGAAGAAGAAAAAGAAGAAGAAAUCAAAGAAAAAGAAAGCCCAGAAGCACUCUGAGGAAAGCGAGUCUGAAAGUGACUCUGAAGAAGAGGUGAAAAAGAAGAAAAAGAAGAGGAAAAGUAAAAAGAAGAAAUCAAAGAAGAAGAAGGCUAAGAAGAGCAGAAAAGAGUCCAGUAAUUCCAGCAGCGAUCAGUCUGCAGAAGAAGAAGAGGAUAUGAAUGAAGAGCUGUGGGUCGAGAGAACUGCUUUGGAUGAACAUGUUUUUGGACCUGAAGCACCGUUAACUCACCUGUCACAGGAUGAUAAACCAUUAGAUUUUGGUCAUGCUUUGCUACCCGGUGAAGGUGCUGCCAUGGCAGAAUAUGUUAAAGCAGGAAAGCGUAUUCCAAGAAGAGGUGAAAUUGGUCUGACCAGUGAUGAGAUUGCAGAAUUUGAGAAGUCUGGCUAUGUGAUGAGUGGAAGCAGACAUCGGCGUAUGGAGGCUGUGCGUUUGAGAAAGGAAAACCAGAUUUACAGUGCAGACGAGAAGAGGGCCCUCGCAUCCUUCAACCAGGAGGAAAGGAGAAAACGGGAAUGUAAAAUCCUUUCCAGCUUAAGGGAAAUGGUAUACAGAAAGACUAAAGGCAAAGAAGAAAAGUAGACUGUCAAACACAGUGCUAACAUUUGUCAGCCUUCUUUUUUUUUAUUUUUAUAAUUUAGUUGACUUUUUUUUUUUUUUGUAUUGAAUGUUGAUUUUAUGGUUUCUUGUAAAUCCUUGCCAUACAAAGUAUAGUGAGAGAUUCAGAAAUCAAUGCUUUUGUGUUUUUGAGUCAUCAUCCUAAAGAUUAUCUAUUGUAUUAUGGUUUAGAAGGGUUUCCCUAACACAUCUCUUUAAACAUUUAAUUAUAUGUUGUGAAUUAAAACGUUUAAUAUACUAAUAAAUCUGCAAACUCUGAAAAUUAA